CAACUCUACUAAGGUGGUAGUGAAAGAGGUGUAUGCGCAUGCUGGCUGCAGCAAGCAGCAAACUACUAGAUAGGGCGUUUAUCCGUGCGUCUUCCUUUGUGCAGGAGCCCCAACUCUCCAGCACCAGCUGUUCACUUCCGGUCAUAUUGCUUUUUCCUAGAUUCAAUAACCAUUUCUGCUUCUUGCCCGUCCAACUGCCUCUUCCCUUUGCCUCUCCUCUCUUCCUCUCUUGUCCUAUCCUAUCCCACUUCCCCUAUCUUCUUCAUCUUUGACGGCUUACGAUUGUACGACACUCAACGGGUUGUUAUCCAACUUUGCUCUACCAUUGGUCCAAUCUUACUUUUUUUGACU